CGCUGCUGCCUCUGCCGCUGUUCUCAGGGCCACUGUCAUCCACAAGAGCUCUUAGCAGCUAAAAGGCGGUGCCAGUGCCUCUGGUGCCCUUCCUUGAUGGACGAAAACCAGCCCUCCUCAUCCUUUGCCUCUCAUAAGAAGCCGGCUCCGCGGAGUUAAACUCUAGGCAACAACUUCAAGAUUAAUUUUCUCUACGGGGCUGGAGGGUACGCAGGCAGAAGUGUGGAAUUGAAGUUCUUAGAAGCACCAAGGAAUCAUGGGCGCUGCAGUAGGAGUUGAAAUACUCAAAGGCCCACAGUUUUUAAAAUAAGAACGUCCCAGAGUGGAUUGCAGCUGUUGUGGAGAUAGCUUUGUGAGAGAUUGGAGAUCCUAAACUCCAACCUUCCAUUCGAGAAGCUGCAAAGACUUCAAUUCCUCUGCUCAGCAGGUCUGACAGCGAAUGCACCAGAGGCUGUAAGAACAAGCAGUCAACCUGGGUUCCUGCAGCCAAGACCUCAUCCUUCACAGUGCCACAGCACAUGGAUUUCAGAACUACCUGUGAGGAGACGAAGACAGGGGUUUGCUUGCUACAAGAUGGUAAUGAGGAGCCUUUUAAAGUUCGGCUACAUCUCGCCAGAGACCUGCUGAUGCUCCAGGAGCAGGAUGUGCUGUGUGUGUCGGGUGAGCCUUUCUAUUCUGGCGAAAGAACGGUGACAAUCAGAAGACAGACAGUAGGCGGAUUUGGAUUAAGCAUUAAGGGAGGUGCAGAACACAACAUUCCAGUUGUAAUUUCCAAAAUCUCCAAGGAGCAAAGAGCGGAGUUGUCAGGACUACUUUUCAUCGGGGAUGCAAUUCUACAGAUAAAUGGAAUUAAUGUGAGGAAAUGCAGACAUGAAGAAGUGGUUCAAGUUCUUCGGAAUGCUGGGGAGGAAGUCACCCUGACAGUUUCCUUUUUAAAAAGGGCACCUGCUUUCCUCAAACUCCCACUGAAUGAAGACUGUGCAUGUGCUCCAAGUGACCAAAGCAGUGGUACCUCCUCUCCUCUUUGUGACAGUGGCUUGCACCUCAACUACCAUCCAAACAACACAGACACGCUCUCCUGCUCCUCGUGGCCCACAUCUCCAGGCCUGCGGUGGGAGAAGCGGUGGUGUGACCUCAGGCUCAUUCCCCUACUGCACGCCCGCUUCUCCCAGUAUGUGCCCGGGACUGACCUGAGUCGGCAGAAUGCUUUCCAAGUUAUUGCUGUGGAUGGAGUCUGCAGUGGAAUUCUUCAGUGCCUCUCUGCUGAAGACUGCAUGGAUUGGCUCCAAGCAAUAGCAGCUAACAUUUCAAACCUCACAAAGCACAAUAUAAAAAAAAUCAACAGAAAUUUCCCUGUAAACCAGCAGAUAGUCUACAUGGGCUGGUGUGAAGCGCGGGAGCAGGAAUCCCUCCAGGACAGAGUGUACACACCGGUGUUUCUUGCUCUGAGGGGUUCUUGUCUUUACAGGUUCCUGUCACCUCCAGUGACCACGUGGGACUGGACGAGAGCAGAGAAAACCUUCUCUGUGUGUGAGAUCAUGUGCAAGGUUCUCAAGGACAGUGACCUGCUGGAUCGGAGGAAACAUUGCUUUACUAUGCAGUCGGAGUGUGGGGAAGACCUCUACUUCUCUGUGGAGUUAGAGAGUGACCUUGCCCAAUGGGAGCGAGCCUUCCAGACAGCCACCUUCCUGGAAGUGGAGCGGAUACAGUGCAAGACUUAUGCAUGUGUGCUGGAGAGUCACCUAAUGGGCCUCACUAUCGACUUCAGCACAGGCUUCAUCUGCUUUGAUGCAGCAACAAAGGCUGUACUUUGGAGGUAUAAAUUUUCUCAGCUUAAAGGCUCAUCAGAUGACGGCAAAAGCAAAAUCAAAUUUUUAUUUCAAAAUCCAGAUACUAAACAGAUUGAAGCAAAGGAGUUGGAGUUUUCCAAUUUAUUUGCUGUUCUUCACUGUAUUCACUCGUUUUUUGCUGCCAAAGUAGCCUGUUUGGACCCUCUGUUUUUAGGUAGUCAGGCUGCUGCCGCCGCUGCUGCCGCCGCUGCCGCCAGCUCUGCUUCUACAAGCAAAGCAAAACAUAUGACUUGACAUGAUGAUCUCUGCCAGACCAUCCUCGGGGUCACUUGUCACUUCUAUCCUGGGGAGACCAUGCUAUCACAAGGUCAAUGGUGGAGUCAGACUGCAACUGCUGCAGGAGAAAGAUGA